AUGUUAUUUGGACCUGUUGAAUUUACAAAGCUUCCCUCACGACCACAGCCGAUUAGCCGGGAAGAGCUGGCAGUGUACGGGGUCAAAUUAAACUCGCAGGGUCUACUAGAUCUUAUUGACUCUGGCGAGGCGACUGCUACGACCACAGAGAGUGAUACUGAUGACCAGGGAGUUUUUGGCUGGCAAACCGCUUCAGACAUGCCUGAACUUUCACAGGCUAUUAUCGAGGAACUCACAGAUGAUGAAGGUGUAGAUGGAGAUAGUUUUGAGGAACUUGUGGCACCCAGUCCUCAAACAUCUGAAACGUCUGCGUCAGCCCAGCUGUUAACGCAGCUAGCGGCCUCGGCCACCCAACUCACCCAGACCGCAUCUACGCAAGAAGUCACACCCAGUAUCGCACCAGAAGAGACAAUCAACCCCCCGCCGAGGAGGAAAGCAAGAAUCCCAAAGCCGAACAGAGAAACUCUAAUUACCGCGGAUAAUUCUGGAUCCCAGGCCCAGAAUCAGCCUGUCCAUGCGGAGGCAAGCAGAGCUAGGGAUUCUUCAACAGCUAGCAUAAUAUCUCGAGUGCAGCCUACCCAUGCGGAAGCCAGCAGAGCAGAACAACGCGAGACAGAUACCAAUAUUGGAUUCGAUGUCCAAAGUCACGGCACCGUGCCCCGGCAAGCACAGUCCAUUUUCGAUCGUGAUAGGGCAACAGGGAUACUUGUGGAUCUCCUUAAGCGAUUCCAUGUUAUCAAUGCAGUUGAUAAGGUUACUGUUAUGUGGGAAACCGGAGAUAUCAUUGCCAACCCCAUAUUUAAAUGGUUUGUUGAGCGGUCUACUGCAAGCUAUUCGCUGUUAGACUUCGAGAAGAAAUAA